AUGGCCACCGCACACGCCCUGCCGGUGCUGUUCCCGCCCGGCCCGAGCCGAAAGACCAUCCUCGUCGUCCGGCACGCACAGAGCGAGCUCAACGCCCACAAGCACGCGCCCGACUCAGGCGGCAUCGCCACGGCGCCGCAGGCUUGGCGCGCCGAUGCCCCGCUCUCAGCCCUCGGUCGCGAGCAGGCUGCAGAGGCGGCGGCGGCGGUGGCGGAGCUGUCCGAGGCAGCAACGGCGGCGGUGGUGGCGGCGGCACCACUGGCACGGUCGCUGCAGACCGCCCUGGCCGUCUCGGACGCCCUCGGCGGGAGUCUGCCCAUCGCCGUCUCGCCGCUGCUCCGCGAGGCGACCAAGAAGCGGCCCAUCGGCCGUCCACUCGCUGAUCUCCGCGCAGAGUUUACCGAUCCGCGCUUCGACUGGACAGACGCCACCGACGACUCGUGGAUCGCCAGUGUCGAGGAUGUUAAGGCCGCCCCGGCCCGUGCUGAGGCUGCCCGCGCCUGGAUCGCCGCACGGCCCGAGCCUGAUCUUGUCCUCAUCACCCACGGCACCUUCUUCAAGCUUCUCUCCGGCACGCAGCUCAAGCUGGUCAACGCCGAGCUCCGCUCUCUCAUCGUCGAGCCCUCGGGCGCUGCCGUCCUCUCGCCGCCGCUCUUCCGCCUUGCCUCAGCCGCCCACAAUGACGACUCGGACGCCCCCGACUCCGAUCCCGCUGCCGACCCCGCUCCUGCGCCCGCCCCUGCCCCCGACUCGCUCGAAGACUUGGCGCGGCUGCUCUCCUCGCAGAUCCGCGGCUCAGACUGGCUCUCGGCCAACCCGGCCACGGGCCCGACUCUGCUCGAGCUUGCCGCCGAGCUGACCGCGGGCACAUCACCACCAGCCGACGACCAGCCAGGGCAAUGA